GAAGUAACCGAGGGCUGUCAGCUGAUUCCGGUUGGAGUCAUGUGAUAUUUUGGUCCGACUGAGCGGAGCAGACACAGACCGUCAGGACGCGUUUCCACGAUGGACCUGAGAGGAGCAGCUCCCGCUUUGUGGUUCUUAUUUUCCGUCGUGCUCAGUAAAGGCCUCCCCGCUGCUCCUCAAGGCGAAGAAGCGUGGAACUAUGUGGAAGUGAGAGACGGGGCCCACAUGUUCUGGUGGCUGUACUACGUUGACGGCCAGUCUGCAGCCAACGACCGACCUCUGAUCAUGUGGCUGCAGGGAGGACCGGGAGGAUCCGGAACUGGCUUCGGCAACUUUGAGGAGAUCGGACCUUUAAACAGGAACCUAGAGCCCAGAAAGACAAACUGGGUUCAGGCAGCCAGUGUUUUAUUUGUGGACAACCCGGUGGGAACUGGCUUCAGCUACACUGACAGGCCUGAUGCCUACGCCACCAACGUUGCCACGGUGGCCUCGGACAUGCUGGUGCUGCUCAAACACUUCUUCACAGAGAGACCUGAGUUUCAGAGCGUCCCGUUUUACAUCUUCUCUGAGUCGUACGGAGGCAAGAUGGCAGCGGCCAUCUCCCUGGAGCUCACCAAGGCCGCAGCCAAAGGGGCUGUGAAGUGCAGGUUUGCUGGGGUGGCACUGGGAGACUCAUGGAUUUCCCCUCUGGACUCCGUGAUGACGUGGGGCCCGUACCUCUACACUACUUCGCUGCUGGAUGAUUAUGGGCUGUCGGACGUCAAAAAGGCAGCGGAGGCCGUGAAGCAAGCGGUGGAACAGGAGCAGUUUAAGAAAGCAACGGAGCUGUGGUCCGUGACUGAGACUGUGGUGGAGCAGAACACCAACGGCGUGAACUUCUACAACAUACUGACCCAGGACCCGUCUGAGAGGCGCCUCCAUUCAGCCGCAGAGAGCUACAUUGCUCGGCAGGUGCGGCGCCACAUCGCUCCCCUCCACGGCCAGUCGCUGAGCGAGCUGAUGAACGGAGACAUCAGGAAGAAGCUGGGCAUCAUCCCCGAGAACGUGACGUGGGGAGGUCAGGCUGAGGAGGUUUUCAGCUACAUGGCAGAGGACUUCAUGAAGCCAGUGGUGAACGUGGUGGACCAGCUGCUGACGGCUGGAGUCAACGUCACCGUGUACAACGGCCAGCUGGACCUCAUAGUGGACACCUUGGGCCAGGAGCUGUGGGUGAAGCGGCUGAAGUGGGACGGCCUGCCGGGUUUCAACACGCUCAGGUGGACUCCUCUGGACGAUCCCGCCGCCGCGGGCGUCACCGGCGCUUUCUACAAGAACUACAAGAACUUUGCUUUCUAUUGGAUUCUCAAAGCAGGUCAUAUGAUCCCCUCAGACCAGGGGCCUAUGGCUCUACAGAUGAUGAAGAUGAUCACCCAGCAGGUCUGAACCUUCACCCCAACGCUAGCUGGCUUGGCUUUGACAAUCACAAUCAUCACAUGACCUUUUUUUUAAUAAUUUCACUUUCUGCUAAAUGACGUGGAAGCACUGACACCAAUAAAGAGCUUUUUUUAACCGUU